AUUCCUGCAAUUAUUAAUCUUCAAAAUUUAAUCUUUUCUUUUGCUUGGAUUAUUAUUGUUUUUUUUAAUUUUUGUUGCUUUUCUUGUGCGGAUGGAGAUAGAUGGAUGGAUGAAUUGGGAUAGAGAUAAUGGUCCUUUACUAGCAGACAUUUCUACCACCAUAUUCCCCUCAUCUAGCUUUCACAGAUUCUUGUGCAUAGUGUCCAUAUUAAUCUAAGCUUUUUUCUUUUCUUUUUUCUUCCCCUCUUUCUUCUAUAGAUGCUUUUUCUCGCUUUCUUUUUUUUUUCAAUUUAUUUUUCUCGUAGUGGGAACAUUAUUUACUGCAGCAAUCAUUAAUCUUUCAAACAUAUUAUUACCCCAGUUGCUGUCCAGAGCUCCAAAUAGUUGGCUCAUUUGAGAGUCAAACUCAAAAACGCACAAUUCGAUUACUGUGUUUUUUCAGGAAUUUUGAGUGUUGUGAAGGGAAUCUUUGCUUGGUUAGUAGCUUCGGAGCAUUUCUACGUCUGAGCUUUUGGUUGGUAGCUAACAAGAUAGAAACCAAAGUUCUCGUUUUGUCAAGGAAAAAAGGUGGAAUCUUGAAGAUUCCUUGAUUCUUUCUCUGGUUGGGGUGUUGGAGAAUUUUAUCAUCUCACUCAAUUCUUGGUGUUUGAGGUUAAAGUUUGUGGCAAUUAAGGUGGAUAAGGUAGCAUCAUCACAUAGCCCUGCACUAAUUUGUUGUCUUCCUGAUCUGAUUUUUCUUGAGGCGGUUGGCUGAUUUGAUUCAAGUUUCUUAGAUGGGAUCCUGUGAUUAUCUCUUCUCUACGGCUGUGCUGGUGUGAACACUCGAUAGAAAUGGGGAAAAUUCAGUAGGAUUGCUGAGUUUGUUACUGUUUGAAAGUUUCUUGUUUUGGAGUUAGAUGAACUUACUUCACAUAGUUGGAUUUGGGUUGAAGGUGGGCCAUCUUCUUUUGAUGCUUUGCUGCUGGUUUCUGUCUUUGAUCUCUUUGAAUUGGCUGAGUAAUGGAAAAAUCAUGACCACCAAGAAUAGUUUGCUUGGCGAUGGAUGGAAGAUAUGGGUGAAACUGUGGGAUCAGCUACCGGGGCGUGGUUCCAAGAUCCAUCACCAGCAUUCGCAGCAUACACCCUCGGGGGAAGAGAAGAAGAAUUGGUGGACCAAGCUUUUGAUAGCAUGGAUAGUGUUUGGGUUCAUAAUCUCACUGUCUGUGUUAUGGUACAUGAGCUCACAAGCCGUGGAGAAGAGGAAAGAAAUGCUCACUAGCAUGUGUGACGAGAGGGCGAGGAUGUUGCAGGAUCAGUUUAAUGUGAGCAUGAAUCACAUCCAGGCAAUGUCUGUUAUAAUCUCAAUCUUCCACCAUGCCAAGAAUCCCUCAGCAAUUGAUCAGAGAACUUUCGCAAGGUAUACGGACAAAACAUCGUUUGAGAGACCUCUUACUAGUGGAGUUGCAUAUGCAGUGAGAGUGCUUCAUGAUGAAAGGGAGCAAUUUGAGAUCCAACAAGGGUGGACUAUAAAGAGAAUGGACAAGGAUGAACAAAACCCAGUUCAUGAAGACGAAUAUCAUCCAGAAGACCUUGAACCAUCGCCUGUGCAGAAGGAAUAUGCUCCCGUCAUCUUUGCUCAAGAAACUGUUGCUCAUGUAAUCUCUCUUGAUAUGCUGUCAGGAAAGGAAGAUCGUGACAAUAUAUUGCGUGCAAGAGAAUCAGGAAAAGGCGUCCUAACUGCCCCGUUUAGGUUGCUCAAAACGAAUCGCCUAGGAGUAAUACUGACUUUUGCCGUCUAUAAGAGGGAUCUCCCUCCCAAUGCAACACCAGCUGAAAGGACCCAAGCAAGUGCAGGGUAUCUUGGAGGUAUCUUCGACAUUGAAUCACUUGUAGAGAAACUACUUCAACAGCUUGCUAGCAAACAUACUAUCCUCGUGAACGUGUAUGAUACUACCAAUUCCUCCCUUCCUAUCAGUAUGUACGGCUCAAAUGCUUCGUUCGAUGGGCUAUUCCAUGUCAGUGCUCUUAACUUUGGAGAUCCUUUCAGGAAGCAUGAGAUGCAUUGCAGAUUCAAGCAGAAGCCUCCGUGGCCAUGGGUUGCAAUAACUACAUCUGUCUUUAUCCUUAUAAUUACAUUGCUUGCGGCACAAAUAUUCCAUGCUACACUGAGUCGAAUAGCCAAAGUUACUGAGGAUUGCGUAAAAAUGGCGGGUCUUAAGAAAGCAGCAGAGGAUGCUGAUACUGCAAAGUCUCAGUUUCUUGCUACUGUUUCUCAUGAAAUCAGAACCCCUAUGAAUGGUGUUCUUGGGAUGCUUCAAAUGCUUAUGGAUACACAUCUUGAUGACACUCAACAAGACUAUGUUAGAGUUGCAGGAGAGAGUGGUAAAACUUUGGUUUCAAUUAUUAACGCGGUGUUGGAUCAAGCGAAAAUUGAAUCUGGUAAACUCGAGCUUGAAGCAGUGAACUUCAAUUUGCGGGGGAUUGUGGAUGACGUUUUAUCACUAUUUUCGGGAAAAUCACAAGAUAAAAAAGUUGAGUUGGCAGCUUACGUCUCUAGUAAAAUCCCUGAUAUGCUGGUUGGCGAUCCUGGAAGAUUUAAACAGAUAAUCACGAAUCUAGUGGGGAACUCAAUGAAAUUCACUGAUAAAGGACACAUAUUUGUGACCGUUCAUCUCGUUGAAGAAGUUGCAGAAAUGGAAGCGGACAGAGACCCGACUAGCUCCUUGAGCGGCUUGAGUGUAGUUGACAGACGGCAAAGCUGGGCCGACUUCACGAUUUUCGGAGAAACAUCCGCGAUGGUGUCCUUAGCAGAUCAAGUAAAUAUUAUCGUGUCAGUCGAGGACACAGGUCAAGGGAUCCCGCAUGAAGCUCAAGAACGGGUGUUUAAACCAUUUAUGCAAGUUGGCCCUUCCAUCACUAGAACACACGGCGGCACUGGUAUUGGCUUGAGCAUCAGUAAGUGCUUGGUCCACCUCAUGAGAGGUGAAAUUGGGUUGUCCAGCACCCCCGAUGUGGGAUCAACCUUCACGUUUACAGCUGUUUUCACCAACGGCAGCUCUGAAUCGAAUGGGGAGAUACCUGACCAUCCGUCUACUACUAUUUCUUCAGAAUUCCAGGGGAUGAAAGCUCUAGUCGUGGACCCUAACCCUGUCCGUGCCAAGGUCUCCAGAUAUCACAUCGAGCGACUUGGGAUUCACGUCGAGGUAGUCUCUCAUCUCAGCCGAGUGUUUUCUGGCUCAACGCCUAUAAACAUGGUUUUCGUUGAAGAAGAUGUAUGGGAGAAGCAAUUAGAUAUGUUGGUGGUUUUGUAUAAUGAGUUAAAGAAAGAUUGUGGAGUCAGCCCUAAGACCUUACUUCUAUCCAAUUCGUCGAGCUAUAACCGGCCUGGAGUUUCGGCUUCAGAUGACCUGACUCCGUUUGUUGUCACGAAACCCCUGAGAGCAAAUAUGCUUGCUGCCUCCCUGCGCCGAGUUAUGGGUGUUAGGAGCCGUCGCAAUGGAGAGCUUCACUCAUCGACCCUCAGCAGUCUCCUCCAUGGCCGGAGAGUUUUAGUUGUGGAUGACAAUCCGGUAAACCUCAGGGUGGCCGCUGGCGCUCUGAAGAAGUAUGGCGCUGACGUGGUAAACGCAGAACGAGGGAAAUACGCAAUCUCUUUGUUAACUCCACCCCAUACCUUCGAUGCCUGCUUCAUGGACAUUCAAAUGCCAGAAAUGGACGGGUUCGAGGCUACAAGGAUAAUCCGGAAAACUGAGGCUGCCAUCAACAAAGGUCUCCGAAGUGGAGACCUCUCCAUGGAAGACUACAACAACGUCUCAAACUGGCACGUACCGAUCCUGGCCAUGACUGCAGACGUCAUCCAGGCAACGAACGAGAAAUGCUUGAAGUCCGACAUGGAUGGCUACGUCUCAAAACCAUUCGAGGCAGAGCAGCUUUACCGCGAGAUUUCACGCUUCUUUCAAACAGCACCGGACGAGCAUCCCUAGUAGAAAUCCGGCCGUGAUGGCUCGGGAUCUCAGGUGCUGCCGAGACUCACUCCACAGUAGCUAGGUUGUGCAUAUUCCCAAUUGUGAAGGUUUUUCAAUGUAUAUAGAAAGGUGAAGAUUCUUUGUGGAGGCUCCGUUCUGGAUAUGGCGAAACGGAGCCUCCUUUUCGUCGGUGUGCUCGUGGCCGGAAGGUUUUUUACUCGGAAGUCGAAGACUAUUCUUUUGCCGGAGAAUCGCUAUAGAUGGUGGAGCAUCAUUUGUAUGAUAAAGAAGAAUUUAGGUUAGGGUUACACGAUGUUAGUCUGUAGAAAGUGUAUAGUAGGCAUAUUUUGGUGGUGGUUGAAUAAUAAUAGAGCCAAAUUUAUAUUUGGAGCAGGGGAUUUUGUGAUCUGCCCAAUGUUAAUGUUUCUGUUUAGUGAGAGGUUUUGAGAUCGAUUAUGUUA